UUAAAAAUGGAGUCGACCAAUAGCGAGAACUCUAACUCUUCGAUCUCUUCAGAUCUGCUUGGGUUCCAAAUGAACACGCUCUUCGCCAAGAAGUUGUGUCCCAAGAGGAGAAACGCUACUCAUAAUAAAUUAAGGCCCAAGACAGUUGGAGUUGAAGGAAUCGGCUCAAGCAGUGUUAAUAAACAUAAGGCAGGAGUACAAAGAAGUAAAAGGAAAGACAAAGAAGGAGACUCAAAUGUAUUUGGAUAUGACGAAACAGACUUUUUUGAAAGUCUACAGCACGAUUUUGAGAGCAACAUCAAAGAGGAUACUGGAGAUAAGUCUCGUAGGAUCAAUUCAGAGAUGAUCCCAAAAGAUGACCUUGAUGUAGGAGAUGACGAGGGAGGAUUCCUCCAGCCAGAGGAAGAUUUAGAUGGCACUGGUAGGUCAAGGCAGGUAAUCACAGACUUGAGACAACUUGCGGAGGAAUCAGAGGAUGUUCAAAAGCUUGCACCAGAAGAGGAUAGGUUCUCUGCACUGAAUCAGGAUUUAUCAAAAUCUUCCAGAUCUUUUAGGCACAAGCAAAAUUCUAUUGCUAAACCAUUAAGGAAUCGGGAGGAUACUGUGAGGACGGAUAUUAAAGCCUCUGAGAAGACCAAAGCUGAUGAGGGAAGUUUUGAGUUUAAUCCAGGAGUCAUUCACAGUUUAUAUCAAAAAGACAUCGACAAACUACAUGAAAAAUCUCAUUCCAAUGUUACGGUUGAGGAAGUCAAUAGUAUUCAAGAACUAUUCGACAAACUAUGUAUGGCAAAAAUAUCUACUGAGGAUGACCACGUGAUUAUUCGUAGUGAAGAACGACCCUCAGGAGUGCAAAUUUUGAAAGAAGACCUUCUUGAUGGGGUCAAGGACCUCUGAGGGGUUAUUGAAGAGGCAAAGCUUGGUGAAAGCCAGAGCGUAAAGUCUCCUCUACUUGAGGAAAAACCAUCUGAAGCUAAGACUGCCAACUUCAACUUCGGUCAACUUGAGGAUAUGGGAGAUAUGAUGGAUGACGAUCUCUGUAUCGAAGACGAUUUCGACGAUCUAGAAGAUAUCGCUUAUGAGCCCAAAGCCUCAUGCCCAGUCGAGAAGCCAGCCAAAAUAGAAAAUUUAACAAUCUCCAGAUUAAGGACGAUUCACCUGUUGGAAGAAGAGGAAGAUGAGAAUAGCGAUGAUGUUGAGAGUGUCAUAGAUAAGAAGCUGGUCAAGUGUAAGUCAGCUAAAGUAGAAGAAGAAGAACACGACUUUAUCUCCAAAGCUCAAUCAAGACUUGAUAGACUAAGCCCAGGAGAUAUCAACAAGAUGGUAAUUGAGCUCCUUCAUGAAAGAAUGAGCUAUAAGGAAAAAUUGAGGAUCGCUAAAGGAGCGAUUGUGAGUAGAGAUAGUAAAAUUAGCAUGCUCAAGAGUCAGUCUAAAAUACUUCCAAUGAAUAUGAGUGAAUCUAAUAUUCAUUUAGCCUUUUUAUUUUCUUCACCUUUGGUCAGAAAACGCGCGAGGUUGGAGAAUAUUAUGCAGUUAGAUUAUCUCACCGAAAUUAGUGACAUCGUACAAGUUUUACAAGGGAUCCAAUUUGAACUGAAAUAUAAGACAGAUGUUGCAACUGUGAGUAACCUCAGAAGUACGAUAACUGAUUUACCUAUUGUCUUGCAUUUCUCAGGACAUGGCAUUCAAAAUACCUUGGAGAAUCUCGGUCAAGAUUACCAUUUUUCGAAGGAAAAAGGAAAUAUCCUACUUUUAGAGAAUGAGAGAGGAAUGUCUGAUUAUUUCUUCCAAAAAGAUUUAGAUGAGUUGCUAGAGCUCGUGCAUCAGUCAAAGAAUCCAUUUGAAGUCGUAUUCGUAUCCUCUUGCUACUCUCAGUUUGCUGGAGAGAUCUUCUUAAAAGCCAAGGCUAAACAUGUUAUCUGCAUCAGGAGCGGUGAACAAAUAGCUGAUGCCGCUUCACUCAGAUUCUCCAAGGUGUUCUAUGAAACUCUUUUCGUCAAAAACUUCAACGUAUGAACUUCUUUCAAGAUUGCGAAGGAAGAAGUAGCAAGAGUAAUCAAUGAAUCUGAGGCAAACAAGUUCUUACUUUUGCUUCAAGACUUAGAUGAUUUCGGAAGCUCGAGGAAUCAUGUUUGUUAUGCUCUCUCUGAUUUCAAAAAAGGAAAGCUCACUAGUAUUGACACUAAGCCAAUCUUUGACUCUAUCCCUGCUAAUGUUGAAGGCUUUGUGGGUAGGCAGCAAGAGAUGUACGAAAUAAUCAACCUUCUUAGCGACAAUAGAUUCGUUUCUAUUCUUGGGCCUCCCGGAAUCGGAAAAACUAGCAUCUCCAGGAACAUUGGAAACUACCUCCGUGAUCGAAAGAAGUUUGUUGAUGGGAUUAUAUAUGUGGGUCUUCGUGGCUGAGAGACCGCUUAUAUGUUCCUUACCAGGCUCUCUGUGAUGAUCCGGUCUGGCUGCUCACUAGAAGAUUAUAAGAAAUAUGGCUUAGAGCAGAUUGAAGCUUCAGAUGAGGAAGUAAAGGAAAAUCCACAACAUGAUAUGAAAUAUCGAGGAUUUAUUACGAGUAUUUUGAAGGAUAGGGAUUUAUUGCUUAUACUAGAUAAUACAGAGGAUCCACUGGAAUAUGAUACCAUUAGAUUCACUUCCGAGUUAAACUAUAUCCUUGAAAGCUGUAGGAAGGUUAAGUUCCUUAUCACAUCCAGAAAAUCUAUUAACAGACUUGGGCAUAAUAUGGAAGCUCCAUAUACUCUGUAUCCUCUAUCAAAAGAUGAGUCAUUGAAAUUGUUGAUAUCAAAAUCGCCAAGAAAAAUUAAAGAACAAGAGCUUCAUGAGCUGCUUAAAAGUAAGAUUCCAAAGGGGUGCACUAUCGCACAGACUAUGAGAAUCAAGAACCAGAGAAAUUCUGACGGUUUACCAACCUUGUUAGAUCACCCAUUUACAGAACUUUUAGGUGGUCAUCCUCAAGCUAUUUCACUUGCAGCACCUCUUUUGGAGUAUAAAUCCCUUAAAGAGUUAUUCUUGGCUUUCUGAGGCACUAAUGUAAUGGAUGCUCUUGAAGUGACUGCUUCAAGAAAGAACGAAAUCACAUCUUUAAGAGUAUCUCUAGAACUCAGCAUCACCAAUAUGGCAAAUGCAAAUCCAAAAUGAUUGAGCCUAUUCUCCUUCAUUGGACUCUUUCCUGGAGGAAUACAAGACGAUGACUUGACAAACAUGUGGGGAGGACCUCAAUGGAUCACCCUCAAAGAUGCUCUCAUCAGAGCUUCCUUACUCGUCUACCGGACUGACAACAAAGGUCAUUUUGUCUACAGCAUGCUCCCAUUUAUGUCAACCAGGGCAAACGAACUUCUAGAUUGAGACCCUAACGUCAAAGCAGAGUACCACGCCAAAAGCUGCAAGCACUUCAAAGAAAACUGUAUAAAUUUCUUUAAAAUAAAGAACCCUUCUGAAGACCAAGUUGAAAAGUUCGCAGAUAUGGAGUCUAACAUCUGGGCUUGCAUCUACAGAGCCUUGAACAAGAAGAGAGAUAUUGCUUAUGAAGGAGAUUUUGACUUGACCUACGACUCAGAUUCAGACGAAGGAGAUUAUAAAGAUACUAUAGAGGAGUACAAGGAAAGUAUUGGGGACAUUUUGAAGAAGGAAAUGAAACCCAGAAGGAGCGUUAAUGUUGAUGGUCAUCAGACAAGUGACGGGACUUCGUUCAGAGUGACCGAUGAUGCCAUGGACUUGAAUUUUCAUCAGAAUAUUAGGAUGUUUGGCACAGAAUCACAUCAUUCGAGUAGUUCUCCAAGUGAUGAGGAGGAUUUGGUCGUUUAUUAUAGUCUAAAUUUGAUCAAGCUUGAGAAAUAUCGAGACUCGAUAAGGGUAAUCAUAGAGUACAUGAAUAAGAAGAUAAUAUCUCCUACUUGUAAAGCAAACUGCCUUUACUUGUUAUCGAUUUCGACCAUUUUUGAAGAUCUGAAAAUCUCGAAGCAGUGUGUUAUGGCAGCUCUUAAAAGUUGAAGAACUAUUCCUCAUAAUCGGGGGAUCAAUGUGUGCAAGAUGUUGGCAUCGAGGAUCAUUCUUAAAGAGCUCUGAAAUCAAAAUAGCGGAGCCGAAAGUUUUGAACCGUUUGAGAAGGAAAUCACUGGAGCUAUUCAGGUAGAAUUUGAGGAACAGGAAAUCACCUCUUUAAAGCAUUCUUGGGAAAAACUGUCUAAGAAUAAUAAUUUACAGCAAUUGAUGAAAGAGAUACGUUUUGAGCUACCAUGAGAGAUAAGUGGAUAAUAUUUGAUUCUUCAAUUUUGAUGUGAAA